GGGGCCGUGCGAGCAGCAGAGGCAGAAGGCGGGAGACGCGAGGGCGGCGAGUGGCUUUGAGUCACCCAGCAGCAGCAGUAGGAGCCCUCGGCUGAGCGGGACGAGCCGGGAGAGAGUGAGAGGAGGGAGGAGGAGGCAGGGCCCGGCCCCGGGGCUCGCGGAGAUGGAGGCGAGCGACGCGCUGUACAUCACGGAGGGCGGCGAGAUGCCCGCCGAUAUUGUGGAGCUGCACGAGAUCGAGGUGGAGACGAUCGCCGUGGAGGCUUUGGGCUCGGCGCUCAUGGAGGUGGACGGCCACUCGCCGGGCAUGAUCGCCCUGCAGCCCAUAGAGCAGCACGAGCACCACCUGCACCUGCAGCAGCAGGAGGUGAUUCUGGUGCAGACGCGGGAGGAGCUCGUGGGCGACGACGAUGACGGCGGCGGCGGCCUCACCGUGUCGGCCUACGAGGACCACCACCAACAGCACCACAUCCUCAUCCCCGUACCCGUGGACGAAGAGGAGGAGGAAGAGGAGGACGACGAGGAGGAGGAGGAAGAGGACGACGAGGAGGAGGACGACGAAGAUGACGAUGACGAUCUCAUUGAGAGAUCUCUGGCCGCAAUGCAGCCCAACACAACCAUCACCACCAUCACCACCUCAUCCGUCCCGUCCACUGCGCUGGCGGCGGCCCGGGCGAGACCGUCCAAGAAGGGAGGUGGAAAGAAGGGGGGAGGAGGUGGAGGUGGCUCGGUCAGGCGGGGUUACCAGCUGGAGGCCGGGGAGGUGCUGCCCGAGAGGCCACCGCGCCGUUGGGAGCAGAAGAAAGUUCAGAUCAAGACCCUGGAAGGGGAAUUCUCGGUCACGAUGUGGGCCUCGGCGGAUGACAAGAAAUCAGACGGGGAGGCGGAGGACUUGGCGGAAGAGGUGGUGUCGGGAGGCUCGCCGCUGCCCGAUUACUCGGAGUACAUCACGGGCAAGAAGCUUCCGCCCGGCGGAAUCCCUGGCGUCGACCUCUCAGACCCAAAACAGCUAGCGGAGUUUGCAAGAAUGAAGCCCCGGAAACCCAAGGAGGAGGAGUCUCCAAGGACGAUUGCUUGUCCACACAAGGGAUGCAACAAGAUGUUCCGUGACAACUCUGCGAUGCGUAAACACCUGCACACCCACGGUCCACGUGUGCACGUGUGCGCUGAGUGUGGCAAGGCCUUCGUCGAGAGCUCCAAACUCAAGCGGCACCAGCUGGUGCACACGGGCGAGAAGCCCUUUCAGUGCACGUUCGAAGGCUGUGGCAAGCGCUUCUCGCUGGACUUCAACCUGCGCACGCACGUGCGCAUCCACACAGGCGACCGACCGUAUGUCUGCCCCUUCGACGGCUGCAGCAAGAAGUUUGCACAGUCAACAAACCUCAAGUCGCACAUCCUCACGCACGCCAAGGCCAAAAACAACCAGUAAGGGGACGGUGGCAUCUCAACCCCCCUCCCGGCACGUCUCGGCGCAGACGACGGAACGAGAGAAAGUGAGGACGAGACGAGUAAACAAAACGGGUGGGGACGGUGAGCAUCCGUUUGCGGGCGGAAGACUCUUUUCCUCUCUCUCCCAACCGCCGAGUUUUUUUCAGUCGGAAGUGAAAAAUGCCACAACAAUGGAGCAAAGAAAAAAAUAUUUUCAAUCGGGGGGCAAAAAAAGGAGGGAAAACAGCACGACUAGAAGAAUCAAAUAAUGACUGCGAAGAAGAAGAAGAAAGCUUUGCCCGUCGGGAGACCAACACAUGGCUUUCGGUACUGGCCAAGCGAAAGUGCUUGUGGAGUUUGCCUUGCGACUGGUGGUGCCGUGUCACGGCAGUGUUACCGAGUCCAACGUUGUUCUGGGCAGUUGGGGCCUCAAUGCCGAGGCUUUGGAGCGAGUGCUUCAUUUCAUUUGCAGCAGCACACGCGCGGAGGAGGAGGGGGGGUUUUCGAUUUCUUCAGCCACCGUUGGUUCUGUCGGGAACCUGCCGAAGUUGCGUUUCACCGGCGCAUCUCGCCCAGAACCGCUCCGUCUCUGCAUAAAGGUUUUGGAACCGGAUCCCACAUCUUCGCAGCCACACGGUGCCAAAUUAUCCCCUGUAGGUGUAAAAGCUUGACCCAGUAUCUUAAAACAUUUGGUUUUCGGACUUUUAUUUUAUUUGCCUGUUUUAUGUUUCAUUCGACAAUGAAAUGUUGCUGAAUUUGGCUUUGGCAGUUAAAUUGUUUCUAAUUUUUACUCCGGUCUUCACCAGGACUUGCGUCCAGGAGAAAAUAAUAAUUAUUGCUAAGCCCCAUGGGAGAGUGGAACGCGUUGGUUGAUGCGACUUGGGUUUUUGGGGCACAGCAGUUUGACUUUCAUCGUGCCAGCUUCACACAAGCACUCAAAACCGACGACGUCUUUGACAAAAUGCAUGAUUUUUUUUAUAUUAUAAUAAUGUUAUUAUAUUUUUUUAAGUGGGCUUUUCGAUGCCGUUUUACAAACAAAUGAUUAUUUUGAGCAGGGUUUUUCAAAUCUUGGAAAUGAAAAGUAAAAAAAAAACUACUGCGGAAGAGUGAAUUGUGCCUUUUUAUUUUUAAUUUGUAUCCAACAUGGCUGAAAGAAUUCGGCGCCCUGUUGCGCAGUUUCCACGUGUUCAGUAGGGGAGUAGUGCUUAAUUAAAACUCGCAUUUUCAUCCGCGUGCAUCCGGCCGUUGA